AGCAAAGAUUAAUGAAAAUACUUGCAUUUGAAAUUUCUUACAUAAAUAAUAUGUAAGUAAGAAAUAGUCCUGAUCUGUGUGUGUGUGUGAGAACGCCCACUGCGGAGUCUUUCUCCAGCGCGGUUCCGGUCACCACGCGCCGUCCUCGUGCGUUUCUACGCGCGAGGCAGAAACGAGACUCCUAAGUUCUGCGAAUUCCGACUGACGUACAGAGCACGUGCAAGACGUCCGCCUGCGGGUUUUUUUUCUUUUUUUUUUUCUUUUUUUUUUUUUAAGAAAAAGUGGGAAGCGGGCGCUCGUGACGUGACGGCCACACGCUGGGGCUGCGGGGCGCCGCUGGUCCCCGAGGCCGGCGAAUCCAGGUGAAAAAGGGGCGGCCGACGGUGCGAGGAGGUGUGUCUCCCGGGGAAUCGCAGUGCGGCUUCGCACCGGCGGUGCGCGUGCGACCGUUCCUCGCACGUGACCCUUGGAUUUCUUGCACACAUACAGGAAAUUUGGUUUCGGUUCACAGUGGCUCAUGGUGUAGAGUAGACAAGAUAUGUACAUACAACCAGUGCAAAGAUGCAUUGGCAGUACAGGAGAAUGAGAAAAUAAUGAGGGAGGGAAUAAGUUAAGAGGGAGAAAGUAUUGAUUUUUUUUUUUUUUUCUUCCCCUGUGCAAUCAGCUAUUCAUGGACAUGACAGCAUGGGGAAGGAAACUGUUUUUGUAUCCGGUUGUUUUGGCGCACAGUGAUCUGUAGCGCCUGCCGGAUGGGAGAAGUUUGAAACAGUUGUGGCCCGGGUGAGUGGGGUGGCGAUGGUGGAGGUGCAGCUGGAGGACGAGCACGUGUACCCCCCCGGGCUGCUCAUCGCCUUCAGCGCCUGCACCACCGUCCUGGUGGCCGUGCACCUCUUCGCCCUGAUGGUGAGCACCUGCAUCCUGCCCAACAUCGAGGCCGUCAGCAACGUUCACAACCUCAAUUCGGUGAAGGAGUCGCCGCACGAGCGCAUGCACCGCCACAUCGAGCUGGCGUGGGCUUUCUCCACCGUUAUCGGCACUCUGCUCUUCCUGGCCGAGGUGGUGCUGCUCUGCUGGGUCAAGUUCCCGGUGCUCAAGCAGGACGGCGUCAAGCGCAACGGCACCCGCAACGAGGGCGUGGCAGCCGCCAUCACCUCCACCUCCAUCAUGGUGCCCUUUAGUCUGGUCUUCAUCGUGUUCGCCGUGCACUUCUACCGCUCGCUCGUCAGCCACAAGACCGAGCGCCAGUUCCAGGAGCUGGAGGAGCUGUCCAACCUGACGCGGCUCCAGGACGAGAUGGACCAGCGGGCGGACCCUUCGGCCCUGCAGCCGCCCGUCUCUCGCUUCCCGUAGAGAGCGGAAACUUUACCCCCCCUCCCCGAGUACAGCGUCGUGAGAUUCCUUUUAUUUUUUAUUCCCGCAUGAAGAGCCAAAAAUGAGUGUUUCGUAACGUGAUUAAUUCAUUUCCGAAUGCAAAGUAACAUUUCUGCUGCUGCAUUUUACUCACGUUUUCAAGACUCUUACAUAAUUAAUGAUGGAUGCUGCUGAAACGAUGCACGGCUUAAUUAUUGUUUUCGCAAAAACGAUAAUGUUUCAGGUUGAGCUCACGAAGCAGGUUACACUGUAAAUAUUAGUUUAGUUUUUUUUUUUUUUUUUUUUUU